GCGCGCCCGGGGCCGCGCCGGGCCGUGCAGAGCCGAGACGCUGUGCGGGCCCGCGGAGCGUCCGGGCGGCAGCGGGGCCACAGCCGGGUCCGCGUGCGUCACGUCGGGGCCACGGCCGCCCCCCGCCCCGGAAGGACAAGGGGGCUCUGGGAAUAUGGCAGCGGCGGCGGGAGCCGCGGCGGCGGCCGCUCCGGUGUGUGUGCUUGUGCUGGGCAUGGCCGGCUCCGGAAAAACCACCUUCGUGCAGCGCCUGGCCGCCCACCUGCACGGGCAGCGCUGCCCUCCGUACGUGAUCAACCUGGACCCUGCCGUGCACAGCCUGCCCUUCCCCGCCAACAUCGAUAUCAGGGACACCGUGAAGUAUAAAGAGGUCAUGAAGCAAUAUGGGCUGGGCCCAAACGGUGGAAUAGUGACCUCUCUCAAUCUCUUUGCUACAAGAUUUGAUCAGGUGAUGAAGUUUAUUGAAAAAAGACAAAAUGCAUCUAAGUAUGUUAUUAUUGACACACCAGGGCAAAUUGAGGUAUUUACUUGGUCAGCAUCAGGAACCAUCAUAACUGAGGCCUUGGCCUCCUCUUUCCCUUCAGUUGUUGUCUAUGUGAUGGACACCUCUCGCAGUACUAACCCUAUCACUUUUAUGUCCAACAUGCUCUAUGCCUGCAGUAUCCUGUACAAGACAAAGCUACCUUUCAUCGUAGUUAUGAACAAAACUGACAUAAUCGACCACAGUUUUGCAGUGGAAUGGAUGCAGGACUUUGAGACUUUUCAGGAUGCCCUGAAUCAAGAGACCUCCUAUGUCAGUAACCUGACUCGUUCCAUGAGUUUAGUGUUGGAUGAAUUUUACAGUUCACUGAAGGUGGUUGGUGUUUCUGCAGUGCUUGGCACAGGACUGGAUGAGUUUUUUGUCCAGCUUUCUAAAGCUGUAGAUGAAUACGAGAGAGAGUAUCGUCCAGAAUAUGAACGCCUGAGAAAAACACUAGAGGAAGCUCAGGAGAAACAAAAGAGAGAGCAGCUGGAACACUUGUGGAAGGACAUGGGCAGUGUGUGUGUGCAGGGCAGCACACUGGCAGGACCUGAUGAUGCUUCUGCAAUGGGCCCCUCUGAGCUAAUCCUCACACGAGGAACUCUCAAUGAAGAGGAAGAAGAGAGGGAGAGUGAUACUGAUGACAUUGACCAUGAAGUGACUGAGGAGAGUCAUGAAGAACCAGCCUUCAGAAACUUCAUGCAAGACAUGCGGAUGAAAUGCCAGAGAAAAAGCAACCUGAAUGAAUGAGACCUUCACAAACAGAAGUAACUGUUGAUCAUGUGAGUUAAAGAUCUUGGAGCCAACUGACUGCACAGUUUGCCAUCUGCCACUGUGGCUUCCUGAAGCUGAGGGAAUCAGAUAGCAGUUUCUUUUCCUCCAGAUUCUUCAGAUCUAUCUGUUGAGAGCUUAGAUGCUGAGCUCCAGCAGCAUUAGUAUCUGCAGCACUAACUGGUCCUCAGAAACGUGUUCCAUUCGCGUGUGCAGCCAGGUGUCUGCUGCAGCCAGGGCACAAGUGAUGCUGUACUGAACUUUAUCAGUCUACUUACUGUUUGAUGAUUUGGUUUGUAUUAAAUAUAUUUUAUGUACUAACAAAUGUGUGAUAAUAACAAGGAAAUUUCAUUUUAA